GCGUUCGUAUUGGUGAGAAAUGUCGGCGAGACCCUAAUUAUUGCAGUUUGCACAUCGCGCGUUUAUUCCUGGUAUGACAAGACAAGGCAAUUCAAGUAACUAAACUUUGUGUACUUCGUUUGAAUAGUUUGUUAAUAAAAAUAUCAUAUUAUCUUGUCCCAGUCGGAAACAUCAUCAAACAUGUACUGGAAUCCGAAUCACGCCGAAGACGACGAAGAUUCCGCCGAGUUUGUGUUCGGUGGACGCGAAGGUCUUCUGGCGCUGAUAGAUUGCGCCGACUACAUGUUUCAUCCCCGGGGCGAUGGUUCUACGAACUUCAAAGAAGCUUUAACGUUAGUUGAGGCCAUUAUGAGGAACAAGAUCAUAAGCAGCGAGAAAGAUUUGGUCGGUGUGAUCUUUUUCAACACGGAGCACAGCCCAGCUCUUCCCGAUGACAUAGAGAUGGAAACUGGCUUGGUAGUUCCGAAGAAAACGGCCAUAUUUAUGCCACUAGCGAAUCCGUCAGCCGAGAGCAUCCGCAAAAUCAUCAACUUUCGGGAAUCAGAGGAUUUGUUUGAUUUCGACCGAAAGUUUGGACAUUCGCAAGAUAGUAACUUAUCAGAUGUUCUCUGGUUGUGUUCGAGAGUUUUCACGCGAUGUGGAUACAAACUGGAACAGUCGAGCAUUGUUUUGUUCACAUCAAACGACGAGCCGCAUCCCGCUGGAAGCUAUGAAUAUCAACAGAGUUUCGUCAAAGCAAAGGAUCUUCAGCAGCUUGACGUGAAUAUAGUUCUUAUUCCGAUGAGCGAAGAAUUCGAUGGGUCCAAGUUCUAUCGGGAAUUUCUCUGCACGGUUGCUAGCGAAGAUCCUGAUCAGUACCAAUUUCCUUGCUAUCAGGAAUCGCGAGAGCCAUUGCUGACAAGAAUUUUUAGAAAAGACUUCAAGAAAAAGGCCAUAUCGCACAUCAAAUGGCAGCUGUCCGAUGAUGUAUCGCUAGGUGUCAACAUUUAUUCGCUGUCCAGGAAAACUAAAUACCCCGCUAAAGUGAAACUACUGCGGGACACUAAUGAAGUGAUUAUUUCCAAACGAUCCUAUCAAAUUGUCACUACCGAUGAAGACCAAAAUGUAUCAGAGAGCAGACCGCUUUUGCCAGGAGAUCAAAGGAAAACUCAAACGGUGGGGGGUGAAAAGGUCAGCUUCUCGGUGGACGAGGUUACCAACAUGAAACAGAUGCUGCCGCCUGGAAUUCGCCUAUUGGGUUUCAAACCUAUCUCCAAGGUGUCGCUGGCGAAUCAUUUGCGGAGUUCACUCUUCCUAUAUCCCGACGAGAGUACAAUUUCAGGAUCUACCGUACUGUUCCGAGCGCUGUACGAAAAGUGUUUGGCCAAGCAGAAAGCAGCGUACUGUAUGUUAACCAUGCGACGCAAACAGCCAUCAAAAUUAGUGGCGCUGAUUCCCCAAGAAUGCUGUUAUGGUGAUGACGGAGAACCUUUUCGACAUAGUGGAUUUAGGGUUGAAUUCAUUCCUUACGCAGCCGACAUAAGAAAACUGGAAGUGUUUGAAAAAUCGCCGCCGGACGUUUCCCAAGACCAGAUAGAUGUAUUCAAGUCAGUAGUCAAGAAAAUCAAGUUCAAAUAUCAUCCGUCACAGUUUGAAAAUCCUGUCCUAAUGACGACCUACACCAACAUUGAGGCAUUGCUCUUCGAUAGACACGAUUUGAGUGUGUAUGAUUCGACUAAGCCCGAUGACGACCGCAUUGAUAGCAAAGUUGGGCCGUUUGUGGACAAAAUCAGUACGCUGUUCGGAGAGGAUGUUACGGAAGCCCCUAAAAGACGAACCAAAGCCGCUGAUGGCGAAGGACCCAGUGCAAAAGCACCGAAAUUAGCAGUGGAUGUCGAUCCAACUGCCAUAAUUGAUGCCAUCCAGUCUGGAAAAACUGCAUCUGUUCUUGUUGGGACUCUUCGAGCUUAUCUUCAGCAACAGGGUAUCGAAGGAGUGUCUAAAUUGAACAAGGCGGACCUGAUCAAUAGGAUAAAGAAACAUAACAACCUGUGAUUACCGUUUGUUGAUUUAUUGCUUUAUUCCACAUACACAAUUUGUUCGUUUAAUAUUUUAAACCUUUAUGGCACUUUCCUGUACCUUCCUAGAUGAUGCCUUGUUGUGCUUAUUCUAAAAAAUGCUGUUUUCUAAUAAAAUAUAUCACUAAAAA